UGCCAGCUAACCGUCUGGGAUCUCGCACUGGGGGCUGCAGUUUUUCCCCGCCUCGAGCCAGUGUGCGGGGGCGGGAGAAAAGCCAGGGGGAGCGGGCUGGGCCCGGGGCUGCGGCUUCGGCCGCGGGGCUGCGGCUCCCCAGCCCCGCCAGCUGGAGCUCUCGGAGGUAGAGGAAAGGUCUUGACGGGGUGGCAGGAUCCGUGGCAGCCUCGAGUCUCCUACGUGGCUCCCCGGAGCCCUGAGACCAAGCGAGCAGUUUGCUUAAUCCCGGUUCGCGGACAAGUGGGUGUGUCAGGGCCGUUCCCAGAGGGCCGGGGCUCCUUCGCUUGGUCAAACCCUAGACUCGUUUACUGGGGCCUGGGCCACUUGAGGCAAAACCCGCCUUGAAAGCUACGUCAGCCUAAUCCAGUUCCAGAUUCUAGACUUGAGGGUUCUGGGCUGUCGGUCUGUAGAAGCGAAGGAGAGAAGGACUCAAAUCCAGGCCAAGUGUAUGGCUGUCUGAGGUAUUGGAACAGAAGGAGGUCCAUUCCUGUUGGUGACAACACCGUGGCCCUGUUCUGGGAUGAGCGAGGUGUAAAGCAUCCCCACCCAUGCAACUCAUCUUCAGGAACCAGUAGCUUUAACCAAGAGAACAAGAAACUCAAUGAGCAGCAGCCUCAACAACUGGCUCUUUCUUCCUGGGUAAGGAGAGGGGAGUCGGGAAGGACAGUGUCCCAAAGGGAAGUGGAGGCGCCAUCAAUCUGGCCUAGACAGCAGGUUUCCCCCAAGAAAGAGCAGCUGAGUCCUUGCAUCUUGUGGCAGCUGGUGUGCCCAGCACUGAGUCUGUAGGAGCUGAAGCCAGCCUGGACCCUUCUCAUGGGCAGUGCCCACCUGUGCUGAAGUCCUGCAGCGGUGGCGGUGUGAGGAGCUGUGAAAUUGGUUGUAACUGAAAAUGUCUGACGGUCUAGAUAAUGAAGAGAAACCCCCAGCUCCCCCACUGAGGAUGAAUAGUAACAACCGGGAUUCUUCAGCACUCAACCACAGCUCCAAACCACUUCCCAUGGCCCCUGAAGAGAAGAAUAAGAAAGCCAGGCUUCGCUCUAUCUUCCCAGGAGGAGGGGAUAAAACCAAUAAGAAGAAGGAGAAAGAGCGCCCAGAGAUCUCUCUUCCUUCAGACUUUGAGCAUACGAUUCAUGUGGGGUUUGAUGCAGUCACCGGGGAAUUCACUGGAAUUCCCGAGCAAUGGGCACGAUUACUCCAAACCUCCAACAUAACAAAAUUGGAACAGAAGAAGAACCCCCAAGCUGUUCUAGAUGUUCUCAAAUUCUAUGAUUCCAAAGAAACAGUCAACAACCAGAAAUACAUGAGCUUUACAUCAGGAGAUAAAAGUGCACAUGGAUACAUAGCAGCCCAUCCUUCGAGUACAAAAACAGCAUCUGAGCCUCCAUUGGCCCCUCCUGUGUCUGAAGAAGAAGAUGAAGAGGAGGAAGAAGAAGAAGAUGACAAUGAGCCACCACCAGUUAUCGCACCAAGACCAGAGCAUACAAAAUCAAUCUACACUCGUUCUGUGGUUGAAUCCAUUGCUUCACCAGCAGCACCAAAUAAAGAGGUCACACCACCCUCUGCUGAAAAUGCCAAUUCCAGUACUUUGUACAGGAACACAGAUCGGCAAAGAAAAAAAUCCAAGAUGACAGAUGAGGAGAUCUUAGAGAAGCUAAGAAGCAUUGUGAGUGUUGGGGACCCAAAGAAAAAAUACACAAGAUUUGAAAAAAUUGGUCAAGGGGCAUCAGGUACUGUUUAUACAGCACUAGACAUUGCAACAGGACAAGAGGUGGCCAUAAAGCAGAUGAACCUUCAACAGCAACCCAAGAAGGAAUUAAUUAUUAAUGAAAUUCUGGUCAUGAGGGAAAAUAAGAACCCUAAUAUUGUUAAUUAUUUAGAUAGCUACUUGGUGGGUGAUGAACUAUGGGUAGUCAUGGAAUACUUGGCUGGUGGCUCUCUGACUGAUGUGGUCACAGAGACCUGCAUGGAUGAAGGACAGAUAGCAGCUGUCUGCAGAGAGUGCCUGCAAGCUUUGGAUUUCUUGCACUCAAACCAGGUGAUCCAUAGAGAUAUAAAGAGUGACAAUAUUCUUCUCGGGAUGGAUGGCUCUGUUAAAUUGACUGACUUUGGGUUCUGUGCCCAGAUCACUCCUGAGCAAAGUAAACGAAGCACUAUGGUGGGAACCCCAUAUUGGAUGGCACCUGAGGUGGUGACUCGAAAAGCUUAUGGUCCGAAAGUUGAUAUCUGGUCUCUGGGAAUUAUGGCAAUUGAAAUGGUGGAAGGUGAACCCCCUUACCUUAAUGAAAAUCCACUCAGGGCAUUGUAUCUGAUAGCCACUAAUGGAACCCCAGAGCUCCAGAAUCCCGAGAGACUGUCGGCUGUAUUCCGUGACUUUUUAAAUCGCUGUCUUGAGAUGGAUGUUGAUAGGCGAGGAUCUGCCAAGGAGCUUUUGCAGCAUCCAUUUUUAAAAUUAGCCAAGCCUCUCUCCAGCCUGACUCCUCUGAUUAUCGCUGCAAAGGAAGCAAUUAAGAACAGCAGCCGCUAAGACUGCAAGCCUUACACCUCACCAUCUCCCUCAUGAGUAAGACUGAAAUAAAACUCUGCUGCAGGAAAGAUGGAAGAAAAGACAGUCAAAUGGGGUGGGGGUUCUUUACCUUUCAAAUGAAUAGAAACUUCUUAUAAGCCUUUUUCCUACUCCCUCAGAUUAUGUAAUUUAUUUGUAAGCCUGAAUCGCAGCCCAAACAGGGCAGCAAUGUUGAAGUGACCAUAAAGUGGUCACUUCCACCGUGAAGCGAAAGAGCCAGUAGUGAAUCCCCUCAUUUUGUGCAUUCACUUUGAAGAAAAAGGUUUCUCAAAGAUGCACACUCCCUCUUCAUAGUGUUGUGUUUGUUUUUAAGUUAGAGAGUAGUCCCUCUUGCAUUCAAACCUCCUUCAAAACUCCUUACCCAAUGUGAUGUUUUUCACUUGCAUUGUCAUUAGAUGUCCAGAAAAAGAAAAAAAAAAAAAGAUGUCAAAAUGUUUUUCUAAGAAAAAGAAAGCAAAAAAAGCAAGGCAAAAAAAAAAAACAAAAACGAAAACAAAACAAAAAUAAACAAACAAAAAAAAAUACCAGAGCAAGUACUGUGUGAACAUGUGGAAGUCCAUGCCCUAAUAGAGUUGCAAUUUUUAUUCUUCUUCUAUAGUGGUGGCUUGGUUUGUGUACCUAUUUUUCUGCAUUUGUAUUGGAAAAGGUUUCUUUUAAGACAUUUUCCAAAAGUGGAGAGGAAUAUGUGUGUUCAGGAAGGGCUUUUAAAAAAGUAUAUAUCUAAAUAAAGCUCAAAUGGUGAAAUCCUGUCACAUUUUCACAAUGAUGCUUAAAAGAUAGUUGAGUAAACCAGGUUGUUAAUCUCCUUAAUACCUGAAAGAGGACACACUGAAACUGUGACAUCCUGCUAGGUGAGUUCUGGUUCUGAACCUAGGAAAUCCUCAUAGGAGAAACCACAUUUAAACAAAGAUGGGACUUUCUCUGAGAGCCAAAACCAGAUAAAUGUAGAAUACUGACAUCCUUGUCUGAUAUUAAGUAAACAAAGAUAAUGAUACCUAAAUUAAUCCUCUCUUGUGCUUAUGAAACAUAUGCACUAUAAAAUAGGCAUACCAGGAGGAAAUCGAUUCAUUAACCAUCAUUUACUUAUGAUACAAAUUAUUUAUUUUGACAAUUUAUAAUGUUUAAAAAGGUUUUUUAAAGAUCUGGAGAAAGGUGAUAUAGUAAACAGUCAACUCUGCAAGAAGUGGGAGGUCAGUGAAGGCUACAUCCCAAUCAAUAUUUGGCUCUAAGUACUUGUUCCCAUUUUCCCUAUGUAUCACCUAUUUCUGUUUCAGAAUAUGGUGUGUUCAUACUUAGUCCUUUGGGCUUUUGAAUAUCAAAAGCAUAGUCAUAAAGGUCUUGAA